UUCGGGUCUUUUCUCUUCACACACAAAAAAAAAAAAAAAAACUACUUUGUCUCUCUCUCUCUCUCUCUCUCUCUUUCCAAAAACCAUUUAUCACUCACUAUAGCAUGUCUCUAACCAUCAAACUACACAUACUUUCCCAGUUGAAUGUUAGCAACUACCAUGCAAACAAGUUAACCAACAACACUUGUUCAAACUACAACACAAAGAUUCGUCCCAAAACCAUUUACAACAACAACAACUACCCUUUGAUUAUCACCACGUGUAAAGUUAAGCCAAGAAUGAACACAGGUUCUUCUUAUGGUAACAUAAUCAAGAGCUCUUUGAUAGAGCCUGAUGGAGGGGCAUUGGUGGAUCUUGUGGUGCCUGAGAAUCUGAGAGGUUCUAAGAGUGUUGAGGCUGAGUCACUUCCUAAGGUGAAGCUCACAAGGAUUGAUCUUGAGUGGAUGCAUGUUAUAGGUGAAGGUUGGGCUAGUCCUUUGAAAGGGUUCAUGAGGGAAGAUGAGUAUCUUCAGAGUUUGCAUUUCAAUUCCCUUAGGUUGAAGGAUGGUUCUGUUGUGAACAUGUCACUUCCCAUUGUGUUGUCCAUUGAUGAUGCGACCAAGGAGCAAAUUGGGUCUUCUUCACAUGUGGGGUUGAUUGGACCUGAUGGUGAUUGUGUUGCUAUUCUUCGAAGUAUUGAAAUCUACAAGCAUAACAAGGAAGAAAGAAUAGCCAGAACUUGGGGAACAACCGCUCCAGGAUUGCCAUACGUUGAGGAGGCGAUUACUCCAGCUGGAAAUUGGCUUAUUGGAGGAGAUUUGGAAGUUCUAAAACCUAUCAAAUAUAAUGAUGGUCUUGAUAACUACAGGCUCUCUCCCAAACAACUCCGUGAAGAAUUUGAUAGACGUGAAGCUGAUGCUGUUUUUGCCUUUCAGUUAAGAAACCCUGUGCAUAAUGGUCAUGCCUUGUUAAUGAAUGAUACUCGUAAGCGCCUAUUGGAUAUGGGCUACAAAAAUCCAAUUUUAUUGCUUCAUCCUCUUGGAGGUUUCACAAAGGUUGAUGAUGUGCCCUUGGAUGUCAGGAUGGAGCAACAUAGCAAGGUCCUAGAAGAUGGAGUUCUUGAUCCUGAGACUACCAUAGUUGCUAUAUUUCCAUCACCUAUGCAUUAUGCAGGUCCAACUGAAGUACAGUGGCAUGCCAAGGCACGAAUAAAUGCAGGUGCCAACUUCUAUAUUGUUGGUCGUGAUCCUGCUGGUAUGGGUCACCCAACUGAGAAGAGAGAUUUGUAUGAUCCUGAUCAUGGGAAAAAGGUGCUCAGCAUGGCUCCUGGUCUUGAGAAGCUUAACAUUUUGCCAUUCAGGGUGGCAGCUUAUGACACUAAGGAAAAUAAGAUGGCAUUUUUUGAUCCUACCCGUUCUAAAGAUUUCCUCUUUAUAUCUGGAACCAAGAUGCGGGCUUAUGCAAGAAGUGGGGAGAAUCCACCAGAUGGUUUUAUGUGCCCAAGUGGAUGGAAGGUUCUUGUCAAGUAUUAUGAAAGUUUGCAGGCAGAAGAGCCAUCACAACAGCCUGUGUUAUCUGCUUAGACAUGAUAAGUAGAACUAGUGAAGUUUAGCAUUAAUUGACUCCAAUUGAAGAGUGUUAAAAGUACAGUUCUGGGAGUGCCAAUUUUUCUGCAUGGUCUUCCAGCUUCAUGAUCAAGAUUUCAGCAAUGCGCAAGCAUAUUUGAAUUUUUUGUAAUAUAUUGAAUUGUCUUGUCAUUUUCUUAUGAAGUUGCUAUGAUUAAAGAAUUUGAUGUUGUGUGUCAGACAUAAUUGCAGAUGAAAUCCUCUAUCUAGUCUGAGACUCCUCAAUAUAAGGGUUAGAGAAAUUCAGUGGAGCCAUGGUGCUGAUGGUUAUUUAGAGAACCAUGCUCUCAUGUCUCUUUUUAACAUGAUUAUGUUACAUGAAAAAUCUAAGUCAUCAACAGUCACAAUUUUAAUGAUAAAGCUUAGAAAACAGAGAAGGAUCUAUGAAUGAUUGGGAUUUUUCAUGUGAUAUGGUUAUAUUAAAAAAGAGACAUGAGUUUCUAAUACCCUUCAUUCAAUUCUUUCUUCAUAGUCCUAGCUAGAUGAAAUGAUUUUGUCAUUGUUGCAUAAAGUA